GACGCCACCCGCGCGGACGGCCGUUUCCUACAUGGCCUAUACUCCCAUAUACUCACUCGAACUUGAAUACAAAUCGAUACCCAAUCAAAAUUAAAUCAAGUUUACACUCAAGAAAAUCUAGUGCUUCGAGGUGCUAUCUAACUCUAACAAAAUCGAUACUGCCGGGAUCGCUGCAACGAACAUUCCUCUCUGUGAUUCGUGUUUGUGAAUGAUGUUACUUAAUAAAAUAAUUAAGAGCAGGGACUAUGAAGAUGUUUCUCUGGCCUACAAAUUCUUCUAGUCUUUGAAUUCCAAAUAACAAACAGAAUGAGAGGAACAAAGGCCGUUUUUCUCGUUUUAUUGUUUGGCCACCUCUCCGCUCUGCCAGAUACUAUAAGAAUAGGGGGACUUUUCCACCCCGAGGAUGACAAACAGGAGGUGGCAUUCCGUUACGCCGUGGAGAGGGUGAAUGCAGAUCGCGCGGUUUUGCCACGUGCCAAGCUACUCGCGCAAGUUGAAACUAUAUCGCCGCAAGAUAGUUUUCACGCAUCCAAACGAGUGUGCCACCUCCUUCGAAGUGGCGUAGCGGCCAUCUUCGGGCCCCAGUCGGCUCCAGCGGCGGCGCAUGUCCAGUCUAUAUGUGACACGAUGGAAUUACCCCAUCUUGAGACUCGGUGGGACUACCGGACCAGACGCGAGUCCUGUCUUGUCAACUUGUAUCCACAUCCAGCUGCACUGAGUCGGGCAUACGUCGACCUCGUCCGCGCCUGGGGCUGGAAAUCGUUCACGAUAGUGUACGAGAACAGCGAAGGCUUAGUACGUUUGCAGGAAUUAUUAAAAGCCCACGGGCCCUCCGAAUUGCCGGUCGCCGUCAGACAACUGCCAGACUCCCACGAUUACAGGCCGUUGUUAAAACAAAUAAAGAACUCAGCGGAAUCGCACAUUGUGCUAGACUGCGCCACUGAGAGGAUUAGGGACGUGCUCCAGCAAGCGCAGCAGAUCGGCAUGAUGUCGGAUUACCACAGCUACCUCAUCACAUCCCUGGAUCUACACAGCGUAGACUUGGAAGAGUUCAAAUAUGGCGGAACGAACAUAACAGCGUUGAGGCUUCUCGAUCCUGAAAGAGCUGAAGUACAGAGAGUGGUACGAGAUUGGGUUUACGACGAGGCGAGAAAGGGAAGGAAGCUGCAACUAGGGCAUACUUCGGCUAAGGAAAACAUGACUUUUAUAAAGACGGAGACCGCGUUAAUGUACGAUGCGGUACAUUUAUUCGCUAAAGCGUUACACGACCUUGACACUUCGCAACAAAUCGAUGUGCGGCCGUUGUCGUGCGAGGCAGAGGACACGUGGCCCCAUGGGUACAGCCUCAUCAACUACAUGAAAAUCGUUGAAAUGAAAGGCUUAACGGGAGUUAUAAAGUUUGACCAUCAAGGCUUCCGGAGCGAUUUCACCCUCGAUAUAAUCGAGCUAACUCGGGAGGGUCUCCAGAAGGCCGGCACUUGGAACUCGUCAGAGGGUGUCAAUUACACGAGGUCUUACGGCGACAAUCAGAAGCAGAUAGUGGAAAUACUUCAAAACAAGACGCUCAUUGUCACUACAAUUUUGAGCGCGCCGUAUUGCAUGCGGCGAGAGGCGAGCGAGAAGCUGACAGGCAACGCGCAGUUCGAAGGCUAUGCCAUUGAUCUCAUUCACGAGAUAUCUAAAGUUCUGGGCUUCAAUUACACAUUCAAGCUUGCGCCCGACGGUCGAUACGGGUCCUACAACAGGGAGACCAAAGAGUGGGACGGAAUGAUAAGAGAGCUUCUCGAACAACGAGCGGACGUGGCUAUUGCUGACCUGACCAUUACUUACGACAGGGAACAAGUGGUAGACUUCACAAUGCCUUUUAUGAAUCUGGGGAUAUCCGUGCUUUACCGAAAACCUAUAAAGCAGCCACCAAACUUAUUUUCGUUCCUGUCACCCCUUUCCUUGGAUGUCUGGAUUUACAUGGCGACGGCGUAUUUGGGUGUAUCUGUUCUACUGUUUAUACUUGCCAGGUUCAGCCCGUACGAGUGGGACAGUCCUCGGAACUGCCUUGACGAGCCGCCGGUGCUGGAGAAUCAGUUCACACUGUUGAACUCGCUGUGGUUCACUAUCGGGUCCUUGAUGCAGCAAGGUUCGGAUAUCGCACCGAAAGCUGUAUCAACCCGGAUGGUAGCAGGGAUGUGGUGGUUUUUCACAUUGAUCAUGAUAUCUUCUUACACGGCUAAUUUAGCCGCUUUUCUGACUGUUGAAAGAAUGGAUUCGCCCAUAGAAAGCGCAGAAGAUUUGGCUAAGCAAACUAAAAUUAAAUAUGGCGCUUUAAAAGGAGGCUCUACGGCGGCAUUCUUUAGGGACUCAAACUUCUCGACAUACCAACGCAUGUGGUCAUUCAUGGAGUCAGCUCGCCCUACGGUAUUCACCAGCAGUAACAAGGAGGGUGAAGAGAGAGUCAUGAGAGGGAAAGGUGGUUACGCCUACCUUAUGGAGUCUACCACCAUCGAGUACGUGGUUGAAAGGAAUUGCGAUCUAACUCAAGUUGGGGGGAUGUUAGACUCAAAGGGAUAUGGAAUUGCUAUGCCACCAAAUUCACCUUACCGUACGGCUAUUAGCGGGGCAGUUUUGAAAUUGCAAGAGGAGGGAAAAUUGCAUAUAUUAAAAACAAAAUGGUGGAAAGAGAAACGUGGUGGUGGAUCAUGUAGAGAUGAAACAUCAAAGUCGUCGUCAACUGCAAACGAGUUGGGCCUAGCGAAUGUCGGCGGGGUUUUCGUCGUCCUAAUGGGCGGCAUGGGCGUCGCGUGCGUCAUUGCCGUCUGUGAGUUUGUGUGGAAGUCGCGUAAGGUUGCAGUCGACGAACGGAAGGAAGAGGCUUCGCUUUGUUCGGAAAUGGCAUCUGAGCUUCGGUCUGCUUUGAAGUGUCCAAGCGGCGGAGGGAGCGGGGGGACGGGCGGCGCGAGGGAGGGCGCCGACUCCCCGUACUUGCACUACGGGUUCAGUACAAAAAGCCAACUACACUAGCGCCCAGACUCGGCCUCCUCGCCCCCGAGCGAUGUGUAGGCUCCACAGACUGUACGCAACCCCAUUCAGAGGUCAACUCGAAGUGUCAUGUGAUGAUAACUGCCAGACCGACACGACACGACUCGACGCGGCGACAACACGCAACGUCUCGUCCUCGUACCGUAGCAUGUAAAUAAACCAUAUCGUAUUAACGUAUAAAUGUACGUUAGCUAGACACGUAACUGCAAGCUUGACUAACCUGUGUGAUCAAUCAUUUUGUGCAAGCAUGCUUUAGCGUUAGCAUACCUUCCAACAAGCAAAAUGCUUGCGCAACAUGGCUUGUCAAGCAAACUUGUGCAGCUGUAGUUACGUGUGUAACUAGCUUUACGAUUUAAGAUACAAUAAUAAUGUUGUGAAAUUUUACGUGUUUAAAAAUGUGUUGUAGAGAUUUAUUUCUAAAUAGUGAAUUGAUGCCAAUAUUUAUUUAUUUGUGCCUAACUUGGUGCAGAAAAGUUAAUGUACCUACCUAUUUGUAAAUAUUAUUGCUAUAUUAACUGUCAUUUCAUAUACCUACCUAAGUAGUGAAUUUGAUAAAAUAUAUUAAUUCUCAAAUGUAAAUAAUUCAUUUCCUGUAGCGUGAGGAGUACCUAUACAUAUAUUUUCAUGUCUAGGACUUAAUGAUUGAAUAUGAUACAAUAAUCUUUUCGAUUCACUGUCGAUUUUUAAUAUUUGGAUAACAAGAUUAUUAUACGAUAAGAACUGUAUGUGUAGUGAUAAUAAUACAUUAUUUACAGGCUUAAUUCAGAUAGACCACUUCUGACAUCUCAAUUAAUUAACUUUAAACCCAUUACGAGCUGUUGACUAGUCAGACAGACAGUCAGACACGGCGAUCGUGGCAAUCACUAGUCGUCAGGCCGACUAUUCAACAGUGAGUACUGAAUGGGUCCAAGUAUAUCACUGCCCAUAUACCUAUCCGGCCAUCCUAUAUAUUUUUACGUGAUUGUGCACCGAAGAAGACUUUCCUGGGUACGAUCCUUGACCAAAUUCAAAACUUAUUCCAAUUAAACAAUCCAAUAGAAAAUAGCCUUUUAACUUACUUUAGAGACGACGCGAUUAAUGUGGUCUGUGUGAACUAAGCUUAAGGUUAGGAUAUGAAUUCAAAUUGACCACAAUAUUAAAUUAAUGUCAUAAUCUUAAUUAUUAUACACGUGAUUAACGAAUAUUAAAAAAGUUCUCUGUGAAUUCGUAAAUGUUACUAAAUUAUGUCGGCGCUACAUCGCUGGCUGAAGGACAGGAAGCUACGAGACCUUCGACAAAGUGAGCAAGACCAAACGCGAGAGUGUAGACCGAGCGUUAGACUCAACAUCCCCAAUGACUGGGAUGUAAAAUGUAGAUCGUUGCUGGCCUAGGCUUGCCAAAUACCGAGCGUCUCGAUUACCUUGUGUCACCGACAGCAAACACGAACAGUGCCAAAAAAGUAGAGUGUGGAUCAGUUUGACCUCCUAGAGCUCGUUGACAUUAGGUUAGACCGACACAGUCAUUUUCAAAAAUUAUGUCAGAAAUAGGUAUAUGGAUAUUAUGCCUAGCACAAUUCACAUGAGUGGAAUUUGAUAAAACUAUCGAUGAAAGGACCUCGAGUCAUUUUGGUCUAAUUUUUCAAAAUCUCUCAAACCUAUGCCUUGUGAAUACUUUUGGGACACCAUGUUCGCGUUCAAUUUCGACUUGGUCGCCAUAUUAUGAAAUGAAUUAUACUCCUAAAGCACAUGACACAGGUUUGAACACUGUUGAGGGAUUAUGAGGAAUUGGACCAGAAUUUAUACAUUUUUGCUCAUUGUCCUUUACCGGUUAAUAGUAAUAAUUCUUAUGUAAAGGGUCUUGUUAUAAUGGCAAUAGACAGUCGGUGAAUCACAAAACUAAUCUAACUAAUCGAUCCGAACUAAUGUGAACCAGCUUCAAUUAAUUUACUCUCAAUGUUGAUGAACAUUAUUUUAUACAUAUAGAAACUAAAGCAAUCGAUAAUGUCAGCUCAAAUUGUGCCAAUCCAAUUAUCCUCUUUAAAAUAUUUUGUAAGUUUACAUAAUAUAAAGGUUAUUAUAAAAAUAAAACCGUUUUAUUAAA